AUGGCCGCUGCUAAGAGACUCUCGCAUGAUGCUUAUACGGUCGGAUGGAUCUGCGCCUUGCCGCUUGAAAUGACAGCUGCCAUGGCAAUGCUAGAUGAAAGACAUGCGAACUUACCACAACACGAGACUGAUAACAACAGCUACACUCUUGGGGAAAUAUGUGGUCACAAUGUUGUCAUUGCAUGCCUGCCAUCUGGUGUUUAUGGAACAUCGUCAACAGCUACGGUGGCCACGCAUAUGCUUUUUACAUUCCAUGCGAUCCGGUUCGGUUUAAUGGUGGGAAUUGGAGGCGGAGCACCCAGCAAAGAAAUUGACAUCCGCCUGGGUGAUGUUGUGGUCAGCAACCCAACUAGCACCUUUGGCGGAGUAGUACAGUACGACCUUGGAAAAACUAUCCAAGAGGCCCGCUUUCAUCGAACCGGAACACUCAACAAGCCGCCACAAAAUAUUUUGACGGUGCUUUCAAAAUUGAGGGCGGAGCAUAAGAUCGGAAACAGCAGAAUUCCAGAGUUUCUUUCUCAGAUAGCAGCUAGAUAUCCUAGCUUGUCUCAGUUUACACAUCGUGGCCAGGAACACGAUCGUCUCUUCGAGGCAGAUUAUGAUCAUAUUAGAUCGGAGAGUACGUGCGACAUGUGUGACCGCAAGAGACUGGUUUUUCGAGAAAGUCGAGCCUCGGAUUAUCCUAGUAUCCACUAUGGCCUGAUUGCGUCUGGCAACCAGGUAAUGAAGCAUGGCAAGACUCGAGACCAACUUGCGCGCGAGCUCGGCAUUCUCUGCUUCGAAAUGGAAGCGGCUGGACUGAUGGAUCACUUUCCUUGUUUAAUAAUUCGAGGAAUUUGUGACUAUGCCGACUCACAUAAGAACAAACAAUGGCAAGAGUAUGCUGCUGCUGCGGCAGCAGCGUAUGCAAAAGAACUGUUGUCUGUGAAGUCAGGGCCUUCUACAAGGACAACCACACCAGCUGCCAACACCUUGCUAGAAACUGCGUUAUACGACCUCCUCAUCGAAAUUGGAGAUCCCAUGGAGACCCUCCUAACUAUGGUCAAGACAAAGGCGGCAGCAGUCAACUACCGCAUCUGCGACAUAGACCUACGCGGCAAAGAAAUUCCCAUGGACAUACAUUUGACCACUACCAAGGUCGGGGAGUACAGCUGCCCCUUGGUCGAAAGGAUGGACUUGAUAGGGUACCCCGACAUCAAUUUUUUGAUAUUCCUCUACCUAGCAAUCCCCACUUCACAGGCCAAAGAAAAUUACCUUCCCAGUUUCAGGCCUUGGAAUCGGCCCCAGACUCAUACUUUUGUCGAUUGGCUUGUCGGUCUCCAGGCUCCCUGGCUGUUAGUGGUUGACAAUUUGGACGAUCCUGACAUGGUAGAGACUCUGGAGUCGAUCUUGAGAAAGUUAUCCAGAGGAUUCGUCUUGGUGACAACUCGCAACCGAGGGGCCGAAAAGCUUGGAGACCGUAUCGAAGUUUCUGAAAUGGCUGCAGAUGACUGUUGUGAAUUCCUUCUACGGCGUACGAGCCUCUGGGAAAAUCGAACAGAUGCCAAAAUUCUCUCGGCAAAGUUACUGAUUGAGAAACUUGGUCGUCUUCCCCUGGCGCUCGAUCAAGCUGCAGCGUAUAUCAAUUUCUGCGGUCUUUCUUUAGAUGAGUACCUUGAUCUGUUCAAAAAUGAGGCGAGCUACUUGCUCGGGAAGUCUGCCAAAAACCGUUAUCAUAAUACCAAGAUGGAAUAUCCUGAUGAUAAAUAUGAUACAGUCCUCAAGACUUGGGAGAUAUCCUUCAGAUAUGUCAAGAAAAGCCACCUCUCUGCGGCCUUCCUUAUGCAGCUCUUUGCUUUCAUGGACUCUGAACACAUACCAGAAAGUAUCUUCAGGAAAUUUCAUUUCCCAAGGAGAGAGCGCUGGUCAACUUCAGGAGAUAUCUCCAAUUUCGAUACAACUGGACUCGAUAUACCGCCACCACUAGUUCAAUGUUUGAACUCCAAGCAUGACUUCAUGGAAGCCCGCGGUAUGCUCCUUAAGUUUUCACUUGUCAAACGCAGAUCUGACAGUAAGAGUCUGUCCAUACACCCCGUGAGUCAUCUCGUUUUGGUGAACGAAUAUUACUUUCUUGAGUUGCCCAAGGUUAAUGAUUGUCCGAAAACCCAGCUCGUCCAUUAUUGGACAUUUGCCAGAAUGACUGCGGCGGAAAAAUCACAGUGGCAUCAAAUUACCGCAGCUCUCCUUAACGUUGCGAUCCCAAUAGAGAAGCAACUGCCCGCACUCGAAAACCAAUGUCUUUUAGAUGACAAGGUCCUCCCUCACGUACGGAAAUUGAUUGACCUCUCACAAAAAGUCGAAGUAAUCACAGCCGUGCGUGGUUUGGUGUGUUUGCUCUGUUUCUCGCCUUAUUGCGAAGAUGGUAUUGAGUCACGCCAACUAUGCGACCGGUUGAAGGAUAUGUCAGAGAGUUCUGAAGAUAGAUUCUCCGAACUCCUUAGCACUGUAUGGAGGUUGACUGAUGCUUGCCUUCGAAAGCCAGUAUGCUGUGAUCAGACACUCCGUCUCUUGUCAAAUGCGGUGGGACUUUUACGUGCUUUAGAACUAGGGUGCGAAGAAGGGGGAAUAAACGCUCUCCUUCUUCGCCUUGCGUUUCGCCUUGGACAAACUUUAGAGGAAAAUAGUGCUUGCGACGUGUCAGGCGGGACGAACAACAACGCACAUAUUAACGGUUGUAUUGAGGACAUCCGCCGCGAUUCGCUCCCAAUGAUCAGAGGGGUCAUUUGUGGGUGGAAUCCCGUAAGCAACCCACUUUCACAGAUGGAGUCAGAGGCAGUCAAGUUGAAAGAGAUAUAUGUUUCUGCCAUCAUUACCGACAGUGAAAUCCUCGAGAAGACCACCACCGUAAUAACGGACGAAGAGAAGAAACUUCAGGAAAAUCUUCUAGACUUCAGAUCGAUCAGCUCAAUUUAUGUGCCAGUACUGAGGAGGCUGUCAGAGUUUGCUGUUGUUCAGAACCGUCCUGUCGAGCAUUCCAUUAAUGCAGUUAUCUUCCUAACGGAAGGAUAUAAGCCAGCUGGCGAGGACGUUUGGAGACGGAUAGCACGUGCAAUGGCGGAAAACGUCAGCCGACUGUUGGGUGAUGAAGACAUUGGAUUGAUCAAAUCGCUAGACGUCUGGGAGAAAGCGAAAAGAUGGGGCAAACUCAGCAAUCUGCUUGACAGAGCUCGGGAAUGGGAAAGAUUGAUCGGUCCGCCCGUGCAUAUCAAAGACAAUGCAUGGAUGGGCACUUGGAACGAUUUCACUUCACGUGUUGAUAAGGCUUUGGGGCUCGCCGGAGACCCUAGAAAAUUCUUUUCAAAUGGUCAUCUGAAAGAAGAGCUUCUCCGGGAGGGAAAAAAGGAAAUCAAGAAGAUUUUCUGGCCUUGUGGUGGACUUGGUUCUUCAUCUUCCGCAAGGGGUCUGAUUGCAGAGUUUGUGGCUAAUCCUCAGGAUUUGGAUCUCAGGGAAAGUAUUGUGGAUGACCUGAAGAAGAUGUAG